AUGGCUAGCAAGGGGUUGAUGUGGGGAUUCAACGACGUAACUUCACCAAGCGGCAUCUAUUACCAGAGCUGGAGCGGCCAAACGGGCACCGUAAAUUAUGGAAGCAAUGGGCUCGGGCACAUGGACACCGUUGUCCAAGCUGCCUGGGACGCCGGCGUGAAGCUGAUCAUCACCUUGGUCAAUAACUGGGGAGACUACGGCGGCAUGGAUGUUUACGUGAAGCAGCUAGGAGGCAGCUACAACGACCAGUUCUAUACUUGGGACACAGCAAAGACUGCCUACAAGAAAUACGUCAAUGCUGUUAUCUCUCGGUACAAGGUCUCUUUCGCAAUCAUGGCUUGGGAGCUCUGCAACGAAUGCCGAUGCGCGAAUGGAGAUUCCAGUGGUCUUCCUGCAUCAAGCUCCUGCAACACUUGGACUAUCAUUAACUGGGCUUCCGAAAUGAGCGGAGAUUGAUCCGAUUGAUCUGAUUGGUAUAUAUAAAUUGGAAAGGAUAUAUACGAAUCGGAAAGGAUGCGUACAGACGUGAUUUCUAUGGAUUUUUAUGGGUAUAACUUCAUUAUAUGAGCUCACUACACCUAUGGAUGAGGCUACGGAG